AUGUCAGAAGAAAGGCUAGAACCAUGGCUGGUAUAUCUCCAUGGCGACGAGAAACCAAACGUCACAAAGCUUUACAGUUUGCCGCAACGCCGUCACAAUGUCAUAAACAUCCCUGGACUGCGAUCUACCCAUAAAAUCGACACCAGUUCUCACGGUUGGCUAGUUAUUACCGUAGUCGGUGACGAUGAUUGCGAAGAUGAUUACUUGCUAAAUCCUGUUACCAUGGAGAAGAUUCAGUUGCCCAAGUGGCCCGGACCCGACUUGGCCUACGCCUUCUGCACCCUUUCUUCUCCUCCACAUGAUCGAAGUUGUGUAGUUAUGUAUAUCCUGGAUACUGACCAGAAGGUAUUUCUAUAUUGUAAGCCCGGCGAUGAGUCUUGGACGAGACAAGAGGUGCAAGCUCCUUGUAAUUGCCCCGCCGUGGGCUAUAAUUUUGAUGCAAUCACCAGCAUCAAUAACGAGAUCUAUGGUCUCACGAUUUGCUGUCAAAGCCUCGUUAAGUUUCAGUUUGGUAGGGAUCACGACGAUCACGAUUGCUGCAAUCUGAGAUUACUUGAUUUGAAUGUUAGGAAACCAAACCAAACUCAUCACUUCGUUAGGACCUGUGGAACCAUAUGCUAUUCCAUGGUCCAGUGCUCACCUACUGAGCUAAUAGUUGUUGAGGUACACUACGGGGAUGAGUUCCUCGUAGGCGAUUCUACCACGGACGUUGGUUGCAUGGGCAUUGAGUUAUACAAGGUGAAUCUCCGUGACCAAGUAUGUGGGAGGAUGAAGUCUUUGCCUGGAGAUUCUGCUAUCUUCUUAGGCGCAUCUGAUAAUACCGCAGUCUAUUAUAAAAUUCCAAGAGAUGAUCUGGACUCUGGACGUGUUCGUGGGAAUACUAUCUACUUUACUGAAAGGAAUGACAAGUAUCUUUACGCGUAUGAUGUUCAAGAGAGAAGUGUAAGUGUGUCAUUACCUUGCCCAGACGUGAAAUGUGACUAUGGAGGGCCAUAUUGGAUCCAGCUACCUGUUAACUGGUCUUUAAUGAAUGAUCCCCAACAACCACAAGUAGUAGCUUCUGAAGAUGACAGCCCGAACCGUGAAACCCCAUCUAUUGAAGCAAAUAAGAUCGCCAGCAAGCUGCAAAUCAUGAAGAGGGGCGGUGGUGUACGAGAUUGGUGGAGCGACCUUCUUAAUGACAUCCUUUAUGAAAUACAGUCUCUUCUAUUUGGUGCUGACCGGUGUUACUUCCGUCUAGCCUGCAAAACAUGGAAAUCAUCAUUCUCUAACUCAACCUCUGAAUCUGGUUAUCGAUCGGCAAAGCUGCAGAAAAUACAUCAAUUUCCAAUCCUUAUGCACAUAGGAAACGACGGUGAGCUAGUCAAUUUCUUCAACCCAAUAAUGAAUUCCACACACACCUUGCCGUUGUUGGGUUUGACGGGCGCAAUCAUCCGCUGCUCCAAAGAUGGAUGGUUGCUGAUAACACAAGGGAGUACAGGUGAAAAAAUAUUCUUCCUCAAUCCUUUCACUAACGAAAGGAUUGAUUUACCUGACUUGGAUGAAUAUAUAUUCGACGGGAUCACAUUUUCUUCUCUUCCGGCAUCCUCAGACUGCAUGGUCCUCGGCUACUCAAACUACGAGAAAUAUACCAUAAGACUCCACUUUAUUUAUCGUGGGGAGAGUGAAUGGAGUGGCUCUGAUGUGCAGAAGAAUGGAGUUCUUUUAGAUAACUCUUACAGUAAUCCAGUUUACCACCAAGGAUUAUUUUAUCUCAUGGGUAAGGCUGGAAAUUUAUGCAUUCAUGACCCAGGAGGAAGAACAGAGCAAAGCACCAGCAAGGUUAUCGACUUGGCUAGAAAGCCUUCUGCUUUAACGAGAACAAGUCAGUUGAUGGAGUGCGAAGGGAAGCUUCUCUCCGUGUGUACAGGCCACAUGGGGAAACCUCUGGAAGUAUAUGAGAUGAAUCAAGAAUCCAUGGCUUGGGAAGAACUAGGCAGUCUGGACGACACAAUGCUGUUUUUGAGCUAUACUUCUUUGUUAUCAGCAACCACCAGUGGAGUGCAGAUUUCCGGCUUAGGAAACAAGGUGUUCUUGGAUAGGUUUAGCAGGAAGGAUGGCGUGUUCUACUCUCUUAAAACAAGAAAGUUCCAUACUUUCUGGAGUGGAUACAACAGCGAUGACUGGUGCGAUACCAAGAAAUACACAAAUUGCGCUUGGAUCGUACCCAACUUCGAGACACAUAAGAAAGGGGAGCUCCAGUGGUUUGAUCCUGCAAUUCAAAUUGAGCAAGCAGAAGACUGA